AAUGACUGAAUUGGAUGAAUUUGAUUCUAAUUUGAAUGCAGAAUUAGAUAAAUUGUAAAAAGAAAUAGAUUCACUAAGCAAAAAGGAAUAUAAUUAAAAAAAUGCUGCAAUUAAGAAAUGUUAUGCUCAAGUUAAAAGCAUUUCCACUCUGAUUGAGAGUUAUGAUUUGGAGAUUAGUAAUCUCGAUAAAGCUUAAAGUGCAAAGUAUUUUAAUGUUUUACUUUAGGUAUAAUGACUCAUUAAGGUCAAUCAAUUAAAGAUUUUAAAGAUUGAAAAAUGAAUUAGAGUUUAAAAAAAAUGAAGGGCAAAACUAGGAGAAUCUAUUUAAAGGAAGGUCAGAAUAGUAACCUUAAAGAUUGGAGGAUAUGAAUAGAUAAUAAGUUAUUGAUGUGGGAAAUUAAGUACAGCAGAAUGGUACUUUAUAGAACCAAUAAUAUUUUAGCUAUCGUUAAAUUAAAUGAGAUUACUAAAACAGUUUAACAGGGUAAUGAAUUAGCAGAUUAAAUCAACAUGGAAUUAGAUAAGCAAAUAGCAUAAUUAGAUAGGAUGUAUGAUACAGUAAUGGAUACUUAAUCUGUUUUGAAAAGAUCAGCCAAAUAUAUUAAAUAUUUUGCAAGGUUUCAUUUUAAAACUAAUGAAUAGAUAAGUUUAUACUGACAAAUUGUUAAUGUGCUUAAUAGGUCUAAUUUUUAUAGCCAUUAUUGUUUUAAUAGUAUUAUCAGCAUUAGGAUUGGAUGAUGGAAAAUUCAAUACUCCAGAUUAAGUUAAAGGUUCUUUAGCAUCCGAUAGUAGUAGUACCACAAAUUCAACUACAACAACUGGAUCUGGAUGA